CUUCAACUUCCAUGACAACCAGAGGCAUCAAAACGAUCAAUUGACGAAUCUGUUCCCAGAACUCAACUUACAGCAUAAUAAACUAUAACUUUUACCAUAAAAUAUCUCAUAAUGACGGAUUCACCAGCCGAAGAUGUCCCCGAGACAGCCACCCGCUCCUCAACAACUUAUAUCCCACCCUCAGUCCAUGGCGAAGCCCUCCUCUCAGGCUCGUCAUUCAACCACUUCUCCGCCGUCCCCCCUUCUCUACUCCCCAGCAACCUUUCCGAUCCCUCCUCAGCAACUCCAUGCUGUCUCGGUGUCGACGAAGCCGGACGUGGUCCUGUUCUCGGCCCCAUGGUCUACGGCGUCUUCUUCCUCCCGAUAGAUCUCUCUGAUUCUCUACUUCGCGAGAAGCAUCACUUUGACGAUUCCAAGGUCCUCACACCUGCUGUUCGCUCAGAUCUUAUGCGCACACUUUGCACACCUGGCUCGGAUCUCCACGACUCUUGUGGCUGGGCAACGGCUUCACUAUCGGCUAGAGAUAUCGGCGCGAACAUGUACCGACCUACGAAUGCGUACAACCUCAAUGCACAGGCUAUGGACGCUACAGUCGAUCUUAUAAAAGCUGUGUAUGCGCUUGGCGUAAACAUCCAGGAGAUUUACGUUGAUACAAUUGGCCAACCAGCAGCAUAUCAAGCAAAGCUGCAGCGCGUGUUUCCCACAGCCAAAAUCACGGUUGCCAAGAAGGCCGAUAGUUUGUACGCCUGCGUCAGUGCUGCAUCGGUAUGCGCAAAGGUCACUCGUGAUGCCGCGCUCGAAGUUCUCUUUGAAGUGAGGGCAGAUGAAGACGAGAAGGAUGGUGAGGGUAUGGCAUGGGGCUCAGGAUAUCCAUCUGACGGACGCUGCGUUGGAUGGAUGAAGGGCAACAUGCAUCCUGUGUUCGGAUGGGGACCGGAGUGUCGGUUCAGCUGGGGGACAGCAAAGGACAUGCUUGAGGCCAAGGGAAAUGGUGUCAAGGUUGAGUGGCCACUUGAGGAUGACGGUGAGACGGGUAGGCUCACUGAUUACUUCACCUCGGGGGACAAGGAUAAGGAGUCAUCGGAGUUGGGCAAUUGGUUUGGUACGUCGACUGGCUUGGAAGCAUUCUAGAUACCCCUAUAAUCUACUUGGGAACGAAUUUAUUGAAACAGUCAAUUUUGGAUAUCAC